AUGCUCGGGCCCGUCUUCCUUAAUGGCUCAGUCCAGUCCAUCUCCAUCUCCAACGUAGUCUACAACCCUCCCCUCACAGGGAGCAACACCGGCAUCUCCCGGCAGGACCUCGACAGCAUACACUACUACAACCCGCCCAACGCGAAGGCGAGCCUCCCGUGGACGUUCAGUAACGAGGUGAAGCGCACCGAGACGACCACGUUCACCCAGUCGACCACGACCACGUACGGAUUCUCUGUUAACGCCGAGGUUUCCGCCGAACUGUUCGGAGUUGGUGGUAAAUUCGGAGAUGGAUAUUCGUGGCAGAACACCAGUACGCAGGAGACGAGCACAUCGACGUCGUUCGAGAAGAGCGUCGGCUGGGGGAUUUCGGGCGAGCUCCAGCCGGGCGAGGGCAUUACGGCGAGCUCGUUCUGCCAGCAGGGCGUGGGCCAUGCGAACUACAUCGCGACGGUCACGCUCCGGCUCCCGGACGGCACAGUGAGCACGUACCAGGAGCCUGGUCAGUUCAACACGGUCGUGUACACUGAGGCCGAGGUGACCGUCAAGCCGGACAACUAG